CGCUUAAGCAAUACUACGUCUUCGCAACAAAUAAUUUAUAUAAAAUCACUUUACACAUUUGUCUGCCAAACAAACCUACAAUAUUUUACACAAAUAAUAAUCCCCAGACAUAAAAUUACCUCAGCCAUGUCCCAUGUCAGCUUUAAGGCCUCGUAGUAAGCUUGUUUCUAUUUUCAAUCGACGCAUUGACACCAUUUUUCAAACGGCAGUGUGCAGUAAACAGACGAAAAGAAUACUUUCAUUUUACGUGCUGAAGUCGUGCGCGGAGUAGGCCUACACACGGGUCAAACACAAGCUGCAACUUACAGCUCUUUAAAGAUGGAGAAAUACGCAAGUGGUCAGCAGCCUUCAACCGAUGAAACGGAUGCGAGUCCAGUCAGGGAUGCGCCAGGCGCUCCUAGUGGGGACAUCGGUGCCGGAGGGCCAGCGACCCAGGCUAGCGCCGAUGCAAGCAGCGGUGCUGGCCCCGGGGGAAGGCCAUCAGCUCCUCAGGCUACUGCAGCCCGCAGCGCUGGUGGACCAAUGAUUGGUGAAAUGUUAAUCACAGGGGAGCAGUGCCCACUCAUCGGUCAUGCAGAAGACACCGAGUUUGAGUUUCAUUCGGUGAAAGCGACAGGAGGACAAGCGGGACCAAGGCCAAAUGAAGGUGACCCAACAGGUAGACAGGAAACAGAAAGCAUGAAACAGACCAACCCACCAGAUGUGGUACAUACAUGUAUACAGGGCAGCAGCAGUGUUUACAGUGGUGGGGCUGGUGUCGGCAGCGGGCCAGUGGAUGGAAGUGGGCCUAGAAUUGGCAAACUGACAAUAUCUGGAUCAAAUAAUCCGGUCAUUUUGGAUGCUAGAAGGACCAAGUUUACCUUUACAAGUACUUCACAUAAAAAGUGAAUGUGUCAACUGUAAUCACUAUAACAAAUCACAAAAAUCAUCAGUGUCAAUUGUCAAUCGGUCUUACUAUAAUACGGUAUUACAUUUUAUACCAUCUUGCCAAACAAAAAAAAUUGACAUUAAAGAAAAAAGGCAAUUGCAGGAAUGAUUGCAAAACUCCUCGAUAAUGAGUUGCCAGAUGAAACAAAUUUUCACCAACUCAUUUGGAAUGAUUUAGAUGUACGUUAUUGCCGUUAAAAUAUUUGUCCUCUGAAAUCAUUGUGUGACUUAGACGUCAAAAAAAAAAGUAGCGUAGGCAUAGAUGCAGUACUAAUUACAUGGCAACGUAUGUCACCACAUGAAACCGAACGAGUAUGUGGAAAAAGAAGUUAAAAUCAAAAUGCGACAGCUUAUUUUUGACACUUUCCUAUAUACAACCCUAAUUAACCAAUAACACUAAAAUAAAAAAAAAAUGCACAUCAUCCACAGGUCUAAAAAGUAAUGUGAUAUUUAUGCCUUUAAUGUAUAUUAAAUGAAUUGAAAAGGAUUAUGCAAAUGUAAUUGUUUUGUCUGAAAUAUGCCAUGAACUGAUUUUUUAAAAUUAUUUACGCUGAAUUGGCAAUACUUUUUUUUCGGCCAUGCUGCACAAAUGUAUGACCUUCAAGUACUUUGUGAAUAAUCACUAUUGAAUAAUAUCAUUUUGAUUGUAAGUGGUAGAUAUAAUUUCCAAUCAAAUUGGAUUUUCUUAAAACUAUUUUUCUACUGGUUAUGAACAAACUGUGUCUGCCUGUAAAUGUGUUGCCAUUUGAAAAAUAAACGUUUUAAAAUCUGUAAUUGUAAAGCU